AACAGUUGGGGUCGCGAAAACUAAUGCUGGAGAGGGUUCUGCUGACAAAAUGAACCCUGGAAUUAUGCAGGGUGCUAUUUGGCCGGCGCCCGGCGCCGAAAAUAAAAACGCGAUGUUAGUUCCGAACCCACCGAUGAACCAUGGCUGCUAUCUUGUUCCACCAAAUGUGAUUAGGCAACAAUGGCCGGGAACACCGAUCUGGGAAGUAGAUUCGGACUACGGAGAAGUCAUAAACCAGCAGGCAGCUGCUGCCCAGUGGGCAGCAAGAGCCGGAGGAAUUGCACCUCAGUUCGGUGCAGCCAAUGACUCGAGUCUUUCCGGUGCCGCGCGUCUCCGACCUGUGAACGCACGCCCAGAGGUGGACGUAACGCCCUAUCAAAUGUAAAAAUGUCUGGGUCUGGAAGAAUGCAAUUUGUCAUGCUAAAUCUGAAGCAUGUAUAAAAUCUGUGUUGCAUGAUUACCAGGAGAAUGUCCCGCAACGGGGUUCGCCUAUGUCGGUCAUUUGUAUGCGAGGCGAUGGGUUACCCGGUCGGCAGAGCCGAUCCACACGAACGAUGUGUUGCAUGAUUACCAAAAGUCGUCCAUUUUUGACCGAGUCGGGAGGGAGUUUCUCAUGCAGGAUAGGCAUGAGAGAGAUCGCACAGAAUCUGUCAUGCUAGGUCCUGCAUUCCAGACCUCAUGGGGCAUGGAAAAUCUGCAUGAAAAAUCGCGCAUUCUUCCAGACCCAGACAUUUUUACACUUGAUACGCCCACUAGCUCAGCGAAUGCGCAAGAGCGAGCGGCUGCGGAAGCCGCGUUUGCCGCCCUUGACACAAGUCCAAGCGCACGAACAACGUUGCUGACCCUGCCCUCGCUGCCAGGUGGACCUGCCGCUGAUCCGUACGAGAUCUCUGGGGGUGUACUGGCAGGUCCGCAGAGAAAUGGCCCCAAUGGUGGCUUUGGCAAUCUUGCUGUGGAAUGGAAGAAUAAUGGAGACGUGCAGGUCUUCAGCUAUCGUCCCAGCGAGAUCCAAUUUACUCGGGACGAUUCUGCCAGUGAGCAAAGAAAAGCCAACAGUGCAGGCAAAAAUGCUGGCUCAGAUGACAAACAGAGCAAAAGGACCAAAAAGGAUCUUCAGGCUGAUUCGAGUUCUAGCUCAACAAGCUUGCAAAAUACGAGGAGCUACACCUACAACACGCUGGCGCGCACAACAACACAGGGACAGCAGCAGCUACUUCUGAGCCGCCAACUAAGCGUGACGCCUCCACUAAACCAGCAACACCUUGUAUUACCGAGAGCCGGUGUUCCUACUGCUGGUGCUGCAGGUGCAGUUGGCGUGAAUGCACAGAAUGCACAAGGCUGGAACAAUUACAAUCUUUCAAAUCCGUACAUGCAGAUGAUGACAGAUGGCACUUUCAUCAACCAGCAGUUCAACCUGGCAUUUCCGCCGAAC